AUGCUUCUCGCUUUAAUCCUCCUGCAGGGUUUUCCCCAUGCCCUGGCUGCAAAUCAUGCUUCCCACUGGACAUAUAAAGGCCCCCACGGCCAGGCGCACUGGUCAGAUGACUACCCGGACUGCGGGGGGCAGGCCCAGUCCCCCAUUGAUAUCCAGACCAAGUCUGUGCAGCACGACCCGGCCCUGCCGCCUAUUGAGCUCCAGGGAUACCAGAGCCCUGGGGCUGGGGCCUUCACCCUCUUCAACAACGGGCACACAGUGAAGAUGUCCCUGCCCCCGUCCAUGUUCCUCCGGGGCCUUCCGCAGACCUAUGCGGCCAUCCAGUUGCACUUCCACUGGGGCAGCAGGGGGCAGGCCGGCGGGUCGGAGCAUCAGGUGAAUGGGGAGGCUUUCCCUGCCGAGCUGCACAUUGUGCAUUACAACUCGGAGAGCUACACGAACAUCAGCGAGGCCAAGCAGUGGGCAGGUGGCCUGGCCGUGCUGGGCAUCCUCAUCGAGGUCGGCGACGUGGCCAACCCUGCCUAUGACAACAUCUUCGAUCGGCUGAAGAACAUCCAGUAUGCAGGUCAGAAAGUCUCCAUCCCGCCCUUCAACGUUCAUGAGCUGCUGCCCGGGCAGCUAGGCCACUAUUUCCGCUAUAACGGCUCCCUGACCACGCCGCCCUGUUCCCAGAACGUGCUCUGGACCGUCUUCCACCAGCGGGUGCGGAUUUCCGCCUCCCAGCUGGAGAGGCUGCAGGGCGGGCUGUACUCUACCAAAGCUGCGAACUCCUUGCCUGUGCCUCUGGUGGACAAUUACCGAGCCCCUCAGCCGCUGAACCAGAGGGUGGUGUUCUCCUCCUUCCCCGUGGGACGUCACCCUCUCAUUAAGACUUCGGCUGCUACCUACCCCCACAGACCCCAGCCCAAGUGCAGCAACCAGUUUAUAGAGCGAUGCCCCAAGCUAUAUCCAGGUCCCUCAGCCUACUCUGCAGGUGAAAUCGUUGCCAUCGUUUUUGGGACCCUCUUCGGCUGCCUCAGCAUCUUUCUCACCAUCCACUUUGUGGUGAAGAGAAUACGAACGAAGAGGAUCCGGGAGCAAAAGGACGUUGUGUUCAAAUCCUCUUCCAGCCGUGCAGUGUCAGGCGACAGCCACUGCCCCUGA